AUGUCGAUCGACAACGCCCUACUGGAAGACGCCAGCUCGUCACAUCGAAUCUACAUUGGAGACUCGAUCGGCUGUCUGCGUGUAGCUCAAUGCGAUCCGCCUUCGGCGCUACCCAAAGACUAUGCAGGUCCCUCUGUCAAGCCACUCAUCCUACCCAACUUCAAGUCGCAUUCCGAUCAUGCUGUGCAACGCAUCGCAUCCGGUGUGCUCGGCUCUGACACCUACGUCGUAGCUCUCGCCCGGAAGAAUGCCACCAUAGAUGUCGUCCACAUCGUCAAUCAAUCCCUCCCUUCGACCAGCACUGCUCCCGCUGCCGUGUCGGAGCUGAGAGCCAACAUCCUCUGCACCAUCAAUGAAACCAAGAUGAAGGCUGGCAUCCAUCGCUUCAUUGGUCUGGCAGUGUCCAAACACGGCGUGUACAGCGUCACUUCGUCCGGCAUCUUCCGCUACACUCCCAUCACCGUCGCAGGCAAUGCCGCCGAGUUGGGAGAAGCCAAAGUGAUCGACCACCUUCCAUCGCCCCUACAGCAUGCCAGCUUCUUCCCUGCCUCCGACCCGACCCACUUCUGUUAUGGCGGAGAGGACAUCCCUCUUUCACUCUGGCACAUUCCAACAGCCGUUUCCGAGCAGCCUGCUGACUCGGUGGCCGAUAUGAGUGUCGAAUCGAACAAGACGGAAGACCUCUCCGGCCUCAACAGCAAACAGCGCAAGCGAAAACGUCAGCUCGAAGCCAAAUCGAAAGCACGCGAACUGGUCUGGGGCGAGGUGUGGCGCGCCAAAAACUUGCCCAACGACAACCUCUCGCUGCCGAGACGGGCCAACAUCACCGCCACCUGCAUUUUGAACCUCGAAGAAAGUACAGCUGAAGACGCGGAAGCGGGUGCGACGGAUGAAGAGACGUUUAUCGCGGUGGGCACGAAGGACGGGUUGGUGCGGAUCUUUCAGCCUGGAGCGGGGAGUCGCAAGCACGUGCGCGAGAUCCGCGUUGUUCCUUCGGGUCAAGGAGCGGUCAAGACGCUCUGUGCUUCAUCUGCAGCCAUGGACGGGCAGAAGGGUGGGUUGUUGUUUGUGGGAGACACGGGGUCUAAGCUGUACGCGGUGGAUUGGCAAUCGGGUUCUGUGGUAUAUGCGUACAAGGGAGCAGGUCAGAUCGGUGCAACGUUGGACAUGGCUGUUUUGCCUCAGCCUGCCAAGCGCAGCGAAGCGGAAGCUCUGGUCACUGUGUCGUCGGAUAGCCUCGUGAGACUGCAUACCACGGUACCGGCGGAGCGUGCAGUGCCUAAGGCAGGAAUGUCGGCGGAGAAGGGUGAGGUGGUGUGGGCUAAGAUGAUUGCAGAGGCGACAAGUCAGAGCGUACAUGCGGUGGCGACGGCUGUGGUUUGGGAUGGUGUAAUGCUCUUGAAGAUGGGAAGGCGGCAGGUGGAGGGAGAGGAUGAGGUUGGGGAGGAGGAGGAAGAUCAGGUGUGGGCCGGGAUGCAAGAAGUCAACGACAAGAAGGUUACGAAUGGAAAGGUCGGACGAGACCAGGAGGAGAGCACAGGCGACGACGAUGAUGAUGACGAAGAAGAAGAAGAGGACGAAGAGGAUGAACCGACAGAAGUCGUGCAGAGCAAGGCCUUCAAUGGUCAAGCACGACGUAGCAAAACUAGUCCAGCCAACGCCAAGAAGAGUCGCAAGUGA